AUGAAAGUUCAAGUUUAUCACAGUAUCGUGGAGCCAAUAACUACUUAUGGGGCUGAGUGCUGGCAGCUUACAUCAAAAAUAGAAAACCAGCUAAAAGCCGCUGAAAUGGACUUCCUACGCCGGUCGUCUAGAGUAUCUAAGUUGGACUAUAUCCGAAACGAUAUGAUCAGAGAAAGGGUGUACAAGAUACCAUUGUGGAUAUAG